AUGGACGGCAGAUUUAACCCGCGAGGGCAUGCGGCCUGGCGUGUCGGGUGGGAGAGGCGGGCGAUAUCCCAACCUGGAGCCAACUGCCACAAGCGGGCACCCCGCAAACCCCCCCCCCCUGGUGGUGGUGGUGGUGGUGGUGGUGAUCCCGGCACAGCGGAAACACCGGAGAGGAUGGCCGGAGUACUGAGACACCCACCCAAAAUGGCGGAGACCAUGCGGCCCCCAGGCAAGCAUGAGGCCCAGCUCAACCCCAUGUCCAACUUGGACCGCAUCUUAACAGACUUCUGGCACAAACUCGAGCACAUAUUACAACAAAGUGACACACGUCCAAAGCCACCCAACUCGCCAGCCGCCACCCGAUCCUCAGCAACAGAAGGCUGCACCGGCGGGACUUAA